AUGUCCUCAGUCUGGAACCCCGACAACGUGCGCGAUGUUGCCGAAUCGGUCGGCAUCGCUUCACUUGCUGACAAUGUGGUCGAAGAGCUGGCGCGCGACGUCGACUUCCGCCUGGCCCAGGUCCUGGAAGAGGCUAUGAAGUUCAUGCGACACGGGAAACGGACAACACUGAGCACACACGAUAUCUCUCACGCCCUAAAAGUGCUGAAUGUGGAGCCUCUGUACGGCUACGAAUCCACCCGCCCCCUACGCUUUGGCGAAGCCUCACUCGGGCCCGGUCAGCCGCUGUACUAUGUGGAGGACGAGGAAGUCGACUUUGAGAAGCUCAUUAAUGCUCCGUUGCCGAAGGUGCCACGAGAGAUCACGUUCACAGGUAUUCCAGCGCAUUGGCUCGCCGUAGAAGGAGUCCAGCCGUCGAUACCGCAGAACCCGACCACAAACACCGCCGACCUGUUACCAAAGGGCCCUAACGCAAAUCCGCACCUCGCAGCAGCCAACGGCUUGGACAAUGUCAACGUCAAGCCGCUUGUGAAACACGUGCUAUCCAAGGAAUCACAGGAGCUGUUUGCCAAGCUAUCGAGCGCCCUCACUGAUGAGACCAACAUCGAAUGGCAGAAUGCUGCGCUUGCAGCCAUUCGGACAGAACCGGGCAUCCACCAGCUUACGACUUACCUGUUGAGCUUUAUUGCAGAGAAGGUCACCCACAAUAUGAAGAACUUGUUCGUGUUGCACCAGAUGAUGCAGGCCACGCAAGCCCUCCUGGACAACCAGGCCAUCUACCUCGACCCGUAUAUGGCGUAUAUGGUACCACCCAUUUUGACGUGUUGCACAGGGAGGCACCUCGGCCCAACAACACCGCAAGCCUCUUCCAAUGCCUCUUCUGAAACAUUGAACAGGAAUGGCGCAAAUGGACCCGUAUCUUCUCAAUUCGAUCACUUUGAGCUGCGUACAUAUGCCGCAUCUCUUCUGAGCCGCAUAUGUCAGAAAGGCUCUGCGUCGAAUCAGGGCUUGAAGUCACGCAUUGCGCGGACUUGCUUGAAGCAGUUUAUGGAUCCAGACAAGUCGCCAGGCACUCAUUAUGGUGCUUUGCGGGCACUGAUGUCUAUCACUCACCAAGAGGGCGUGCAGAUGCUAAUUCUGCCCAACCUGAAAGCCUACAACGACGAUGUACUCAAGAUAAAACUGGCCGAGGAGAACAGUAGGAACGACACUGAGAGAGUGAUCGGCAUGCUUGUACGUGCGCUGGAAAGCGUGGCUGCAUCGAGUCGGCUUCCAAUUGCGAACGGCACCACCAACCUUGAGGAUUUGAGGGAGCGACUUACCGAGAAAGUGGGAGACGUCCUGACUGAUCGCAUAAUAGCGCGGCAGCGGAACGACGUCGCACAAUAUUUGCUCAAAGCGAACACCAAUAUUUGA